UCUCUACUUUACUUGUCGAGUUCCUGUCUCUCUAUCUGGAUUCUGGAGUGUAGCAGAGGAGGAGGAGAAGGAGAAGAAGCCGAAGAAACCCCAAAAGGCGAAAACCCUAGAACACUCCCUCUCCCUCUCUCUCUGUGUCUAUGUGUGUGUUGGAGCUGAUUCUGCAGGCCAGAAGGAGAGAAGAAGCACAUAAGCUCAAAACCCCGAACUCUUGAACCCUACGAAGUUCAAAACCCCUAUCUUCAAAUGCCGAAACAAGAACACAUCUUACCCUCUUGCCUCUUCAUCUCUCUGAGUCUUUUAAUGCUUGCAUCCCUAGUGAACACCAAAUCAACGAUCGAGCCAUGUUCCAACUCCAAUUCCUGCAACUCCCUUGUAGGUUACACUCUUUACACGGACCUCAAAGUCUCGGAAGUUGCUGCUCUCUUCCAGAUUGAUCCCGUUUCUCUUCUAACCGCUAAUUCCAUUGACAUCUCCUAUCCAGAUGUCGAAAACCACAUCCUACCAGCUCGAUUGUUCCUUAAGGUCCCGAUCACCUGCUCUUGCGCUGAUGGUAUCCGAAAAUCAGUCGCUACACGUUACAAGACUCGUCCUUCUGAUACUCUCGCCGGCAUUGCUGAUAAUGUCUACUCUGGCCUUGUGUCUGCUGACCAGAUCAGAGAGGCAAACUCGAUUUCUGAUCCUACUGUGCUCGAUGUUGGGCAAACUCUUUUUGUUCCUCUCCCCUGUACUUGCUUCAAUAAUACCGAUAACUUCCUUCCUGCGAUCUAUAUGUCUUAUGUGGUGAGACCCGUGGAUACAUUGGCAGGAAUCGCUGCUCGAUAUGCUACUACGAUCACGGAUCUUAUGAAUGUGAAUGCCUUGGGGAGCUCUUCCAUUAAGCCUGGUGACAUUCUUGCUGUUCCUAUACCUGUUUCCGAGAUUUGCAUCAGAUUUUGGCUUGAUUGUGCCAAAUGGGAGCUAUGCCAUUACGGCAAGUCACUGUGUGCAAUGCAGUUGUGGGCUUGGGAAUCUAAAUUUAUACUGUACGCCAGCUUCUUUGGCAGUUUCUUGUUCAAGUAUGCAAUGCAGAAAUAGUGUAUUCACACUUGGAAAUGUUACAGCACAAUCUACCAGUGCUGGUUGCAAGGUUACAUCAUGUGCUUAUGAUGGCUUUGUGAAUGGCACCAUUUGGACAACGUUGUCGACGUCCCUUCAACCUCGAUGCCCAGGGCCGCAUCAAUUUCCUCAGCUAAUAGCCCCGCCCUCUGGUACGAUCACAGAUUCUGUAUUGGCUCCAGCGCCUGGACCUUCUCAAGCAGGUGGUGUAGGCCCAACAACACCCAAGUCUUCAACUGUGCCAGGAACUGGGUUGCUUCCUAGUUCAUCUCCAGCCAAUGGUCCUAUUGGAAGUACAUCUGAUGCUUUUCUCUUGAGAAAUCCUUUGUCUAGUUUUGCAAGGGCAACAAUUUUUUGUCUUUUUAUCAAAUUGAUGGUGUUGAUGGCAUUGUAAUCGUUUUCUCACUGAAUACAUGGCUAGAAGAUGGGAUUUUCUUGGCAGUUGCUUCAUAAUUGGUUGGGCCUACUUGUUGUAUUUGCGUUCUCCACUUUUCUUUUGUUGAAAAAUAUAUUGCCAGGCUAAUUUUUCUGGAUGUAUCUGACCGAACAGGGAAUUUUGUACUUCUGCUCUUCUAGAAUUGUGUUUUUGGUUAAUGCCUUUACUCUGUAGCCUUUUCCCUGGAUGGUUGCCCUUCUUGUAAUUUAUUUUCUUGAUCAUUCAGAUUUUAAAAGCAGAAUUUUUCGGUUGCUGGUUAUGCAGUUAAA